AUGUUCGAGGUUGGGCAGGAUGUUGUAGUUGCCCAGAGACAGUGGCCUGGUGUGAACAAGGAGGGCGGACCAGGGAGGGUCUCGAAAGUCAACUCCGAUGGCACCGUAGCGGUUGCCUACAUCAUCGGCAACCGUAGCGAGGCCAGGGUACCACUGAAGUAUGUGCGACUUCUGGAGCAACCCGAGGGGCUAGCGGGGUCGACGGGGGGCGUUCAAAGCCGUUCGGCCACGAGGUCGCUGCGCGGAGCGCGGGCGGUCAAGGCUCCGAAGCAAUUCGACGAGACGGUGGCAAGGAUGUCGACUUCAGCAACCGGCCCCGAGCUUCCGGAGCUCGCAGCAGGCACUCCCAAGUUCAUCCACCAGCAGGUGAAAGACAUGGAGAAGCUCAUCUCCAGGAUAGAGAAGGAGGACAGCUACGAGAUUUUUCGCACAGAACUCGACCCGAUCGAGAAGCUCAAGGGUAUGGAAGAAGCGGAGGGUGACGAGCAGACCGGCGGCGAUGCCGACCGGAGCGGGUUUGCAUGCGUGGCCGCCGGACGCGGUCGAAGCGCUGCUUCUUCUACUGCUAGCGGUGGUGGUGUUGGGAGUGGGGAGGGGGCUCCGCAGUCGUCGGACAAGAAGCGGGCGGGUUCGCCUGUCCGUGGCGAUGGGGGCAGCGGGGACGCGGGGCGGGGUCAGCCAUCGCGCAGGCGGCCUAGGAAAGGAUCGUCGGUGGCGGUUAACGUAGGGGAACCUGCUGCUGCGGUGGCGGGUGCGGAUGUCCCUACUCCCCCUCGGCGUUCGCCGUCCACGGCUCUGGAGGAUGCCAUGGAUGUCGAUAGUGAGGGAAAGGCCGGCGGGGAGGGCGAUUCGGCGGCCACGGGGCGGAACGGUGUGCUGCUGAAGGAGUCGCAGCACCCUGUCAAGCCGAAGACGCCGCCGAUCAACCUUCCGCAGAUUAGAGAGCGCUUCGUAAGGGGAUGCUACGUUCCCGCGCCCGGGUCCUACUUGGUUCAAUCCCAAGAGGCCGUGCCUGCGCGGGGGGAGGCUAGCGGUGACCAGGCGCCGUUGCUGACGUCUGGGGAUGACGGCUCCACGCCUGCGGCAGCAGCAGCGGAGUCGAAAGUGGCGCCGACGGCAGCAGCGGCGGCAACGACGACGAAGACCGAGACCACCGGCGGUAGCGCUGCUGUCGCGGGUGCCCCGAAAGGGCCGCGGAACAGGCCAUCGUCCUCGAGAUCGGGGUCGUCGUCGCCACCCCUACCGUCCCAAUCCCCCAAGGAGGUGGCGACGGCAAAAGCGGCGGAACCGCCAGCCCCCGCCACCCCCUCCGGUACUGCUGUGACGAAGACGGCUUCGAAGGCUUUAAAACCGACCGGGAGAGCCUCGUCGCCGUCGCUGCAGACCCGGCCGACCCCGGUGUUGCCCCUCACGAGAGACUCCGGGAGGCUCGGCGGCGCAGCGAAGCUGACCUUCGACUACGAGCCCCUGCUGGACUGGGCGGGGCUGCGCGCAGACAUCGCGGGGAUGGUGGGCAGGAUUGUCCAGUGGGCAGAGGACUGGAAGUCCGAAAGGGAGCAGGAGAAGAACCAGCGGCGACAGCGACGGCGGCGACGGCGUUGUCGGGCGGAUGGCGGCGGGACUGGGGGCGACGCGAAAGAGAAGACGCAGGAAGCGGGGGGCGAGGGGGAGGCGGAGGAGGACGACGACGAUGAGGAUGGAGAAGAAGAUAUGCAGCAAAACUUGGAAGACGCCAUGCGGUUCUUGGCCAACGCGGACGAUUUGUACUCCAAGCACCUGGAACGGGCGGAGAGGGAGGUUUUUUUGUUGGCGUCUAACAUCUGCAUCUGCUUCUCAAACUGCUCUGAUGCUUGCAACACCCGUUCGCGAGGACAGAGGUACGCCUACGCGGUUAAGCGGAGCGUGGAUGAUCUCAUCAGGGAGAGCAACUUAGCGGCCGUACAGGGAGAGUUUCGGGCGGAGCCGUUCCCGCUUCGAGUGUACCAGCAGUACCUGACGACGUACAGGCCGGCUCGCGAUCUUCGCCCAGAGGAUCGCAAGGCGAUCGAGGUGGAUCUGGUAUCGGACCUCCCCGACGGCUAUGUGACCGAGGUCUCGAACCUGUUGGACAAGAUGUGCAACAUGGUGUCGAUCAAUAUCAAGAACGACAAGAACGAGGUGCAGAAGCAACCCCUCACCCUGACAAGGUACAGGGUCAAGAGCGUCAAGAGCGACUCGAAGGGUACCUCCGGGAACAGCAAGGGAGGCGGCGGCAAGGAUGGCGUGGUGGACGUGGUGGCCCCUGCACAAGAGGACGGCAGCCUGGGGCAGGCACAGCUUGAGGAGCGGAGUGUGUGGGGAAUCGACUGCUACACCCGUAGCAACGUGGAGCACAUGCUCGAUCUCACGCUGGGACUCAGCAAGGAGCAGGCUCAGCACUGGAUCACUACGACCCUGCUUCCAGCCUUGAACCGCCAGAACGGGCCGAGGGGGUUAGACAUGCUACCGGCACUUCGAGACCUUUGCAAGGCUGUUAACACUGUCCUCACUGCUGUGGACAUGAAGGUCAUUCCGGACGGAGAGACGGAGGAAGAGCUGGAGGCCAGCAGAGCCCGCGCUGAGGCGGAAGAGUUCGAGCUAGGUCCGAAGGCCGAGGGGGAGCACUUGCUUGCCGCGCAGGCGCUGCUUCACGCGAUCGAGGGGCUCCAGCUGCUGCACCAGGAGCACCGUGCAACCGAGUCGUUGGUCCGGUGUUACUUCCACAGCCACCCCAAGGGCACCGGGGUCAUCUGCAAGGCGAAGGAAGGGCUCAAAGCGGACACGUUUGUGUCGGAGUACCUCGGGGACCUGUACCCGUCAUGGCGUUGGAACGAGAAGCUGAGCGCCAUCGAGGAGGCCAAGCUUAAGCACGGCCUUAAGCCAGACCUCCCCGACUUCUACAACUUCAUUAUGGAAAGGCCCAAGGAGGACGCUCGCGGCUUCGGACUGCUGCACGUCGAGGCGGGAAACCACGUGGGCAACUUUUCGAGCUCCUUGUCCCACAGCUGCAACUCUAACUGCACGACGGCAACGUCGGUCCGGAACGGGAGGCUUUGUGUAACGCUUACCACCACCCGCGCCAUUGCCUACGGAGAGGAGCUGACGAUGAACUACGGCGCCAUCACCUCGUGCGAGACGGAGUACGGCAAAGCGGUGUGCCUGUGCGGCUCCCACCUCUGCCAGCAGAGCUUCAUGACCUUCACGGGCAUGGACAGCUACAGCAAGAUUCUACGAGGACUGGGACCCCUCAUGGUCUUCCGCGGCCUGAUUCAGUCUGCUGCCGACACACCGAUAUCCUCGGGCGAGCUGGAAACUCUACAGAAGUUCGGGCUGAAAAGCUCGGCCCUGGGGGACUUCUGCCCGAUCUGGCUCAAGAAGUUCGCCGCCAUGCAGUCGGCCGAUAUCGAGAGCCACCAGGUCAUGGACCGCCGCAUCCGCAGCCUGGUGGAGGUGCUGAGCGGGGUGUACCACUUCCUUCAAGAGCAGAAGACAGCGCACUCCCGCCCCCUCCCGGAGGGCUUCGAACCGCCCGCGCCGGCAGCAGGAGGAAGAGCGGGGGCGGCCAACGAGGACCCUGCGACGUUGGCGGAGAGGCCACCUCUGAAGCUUCUGGGAGACGGAGAGGUAGUGGAGGCGCUGUGGAGCGGGCGGCAGAGCAUGAUGCGGAGGCUGCUCCGUAGGCUUGAGGCAGUAUACUGUGCGAAAUUGGUCGUGGAGACGCCCGAUCCUGAGGAGGGUGGGGGCGCCGCCGCCGCAGCAGCCGCCGGGGGGAGCGGGGGAACUUUGCGCGUUGCUGUUCCCCGCCGCCCGCGUAUGGCGCAGCCGGUGAUUUUGCGAGAACGCAUCCUGGUGUGGGACAUCUCGAGGCGGAGGUGCAUCAUGCUUGAGGCACCCCCGCGUGACGAGCUGGUAGCCUGGCUCAACGCGCACCCGAACGCGGAGGUCUACACGGGACAGGGAGACCCACAUGACGGUCCGGGUGAGGGCGGGAUCAUGGCUGACAACGGCGAGCCGCGGUCCCAGGACGACAUCAUUUACCUCUGGGAUGCAAUCAAUCGGAGACGCCUGCCUCUCGAAGAGUGUCCAAAGAGGAGGCAUGUGGCCGAAUUCAUCGCCGUCCGGCCGCACCUGUUCCUCUACGCCGGCCAAGACAUACCCGAGCAAAUCGCGUGGUACGGUGCGUGGGAGGCGAGGGGAGUCGCAGACGCCUACGCGGCGGUGACGGCCCUGGCGGACGGGGACGAGGACGAGCGCAUCCCCCUGUGGAACACGGUCACCAAGGAGAAGGUCACCGGGAGCGAUGCUCCAAAGCGCGAGGGGAUCCACAUGUUCCUUCGGACACGUCCGCACAUGCAGCUCUACACCGGCCAGGGGUAUGAACCGGACGAUGCCGGGGCAGUGCCGCCUCCACCACCACAGCAGCAGCGGCAACAGCAGCAGCAGCAGCAACAGCUACAGGAUCAGCUGCGCCAACAGCAGCAUCAACUGCUGCAGCUGCAGCAACAACAGCAGCGGUACGCCUCAGAUUUCGCGUCAUCUUCACCUCGUGCCGAUGGGUCGUCAGAAGCCGGAGCGUCGGCGGACGCGAAUGAGACCGCCGCCGCCGCUGCCGCUGCCGCCGCCGCCGCCGCCACCGUCGCUGGUGCCGCAACCGCCGCUUUCCACCGGGCAACGGUGGAGCAGGUCGGCGGUCGCCAUGCUGCAGGGCAUCCGCAUGGACGUAGCCUAUCCCCCUGCAACGUAUGGGCCCGUCAGCCGGGUGAUAAUAACGAAGCCGGACGGGCCACGAGCGGUAGCGCUCCGGCGCCGGGCGGGGGCGGUGGCGGCGACGACGCCGGUUCUCCGGCGGUGCGCUUUGAAGGCACCGUUCCGGAGAGGGCAGCGGCUGCUGUUCACCGCCACGAGGCGCAGUCGACGACAAUGACGGCGGCAGGUGGGGCCGGUAGUCAUCACGCGCGCGCUCCCGCGUCCCCGUCAUCGGCAUCAUCGCUGGAGACAGGGCGCGAUCAUGACCCGCGCGCCCCGCAGACGACGCUCUUGGCCAUGAUUGAUACCGCGUCCUCCUCCCUGAAUGGCUUCAACGGGAGCACGAUGCCGCCUAGGUCGGCCGGGUGGGCCGGCCAGUUGCAGCCGGGGACCGCGGCGGCGGCAGCCGCCGCCGCCGCUGCCUCUGCGAUGGUGAACGGCGGCUACACGUUCCACCAGCAGUACCACGCCUACCGAGCGCCCACCGUCAUCAAGCAACCCCUCCUCGUUCAUCAGCAGCUGCCACAGCCGCAGGCCUUGCAGCGCUGGGGUCAACCCGCAGUGCCGCCGCUUCCCGCAGGGCCCGAUUGGAUGCCCCCGCACGGGAUCGCCACGGCGGCUGCGGCGGCAGCGGGUCCCGGAGGGGCGGCGAAUGGGUUCAUGCCCAUUCCGUGCGCCCCUGGGUCCAUGGCGGCAGCAGCGGCCGUGACGCCCGAGUAUGCCUUCAACGGGAACUUGCCGAGGUUCCAGCCUAGCAUCGCGUGGGGCGGGGGGUUCGUUGGGCAGAUGGGCGCGUGGGGCAUACCCCCCUCUGCCAUCCCACCGGCGGGGCUCGGCGGAGUUCCUACGGCGGCGGCGGGAUUAGAUCUCGCUGCGCUAGUGCAGACUCUAGAUGGUACCUCCAAGGCAUCCAGGGCUAGUGCAGCAGCAGCAGCAGCAGCGACCUCCGUGAAACGGGCGCCUGAGCCUGAGGGGCGGGGUGCUCCUCCUUCCGUAGUUGGGACUGGAGGCGCUGCUCAAGCUGCCGGUGCGAUGCAUGCUGCGUCUGCUACUGCUACUGCUUACGGUGACGAGGGUCCAGACGCGAGCGCUGCGGGUGCGAGCUUGGUGGGGCAACCCCGCCACGACCAGCGCGUAUCGACACACACGCCGGCACCAAACAAGAGGUUCAAGGGCAGGGGGGGUGCCGUUCUCAGGGGGCGCGGAGGCGCCGUGCUGAAGAACCAGAACAAAUCUCCCAGCCCAACGUCGUCAUCCGCGAACCUACAUGCAGGCGGCGGCAGUGGCGGCAGGGCGGCGGCGGCCAACGAAUCCGGGGCGGCACCCUCAAAGACCGCGGAGCACCCGCGGCAAGGCCCCAGAGGGGGCCGCGCGGAUGGCGGUGGCGUGACAUGUAGCGGGCAUGGUGGGGCCGGAAAGCGGCCCGCCACGGACGGUGUUGCGGGGGAGGGGCUGGUCGGACGUAAGAGACCCGCGGCUAGGAAGGGCAAAGGGCUUGCGGUCAAGGGGCUUGUGGGUAGCAAAGCCCCUGCGGCCAACAAGCCGGUAGCGGGCGGCAAUGGGCGCGGCGUUAGCGACGCUGAGUUGCAAAGAAUCCUGUCCGGGGGCCACCCCGAUGACCGCAUAUACAUGUGGGACCCCGUGAGGGAGACCAAGUCGUAUGGCGUGAGAGCUCCCAAGCGGAAGACGCUGCCCGAGUUCAUCAAGAGACAUCCCUUGUACGAGCUCUACGUGAAUCAGGACUCGAGGGCGAAACCCGCGGCGUCUGGCUCUCUGCCUUUGGCAGCGUCUGGCUCUCGGCCAUCGGCGGCGGCAGCGGCGGCCGGCCCACCCCCAUCGAAGCACCCAGCACAGGAGACCUCUCCCGCCAAGACGACGGCGAUCCGACCGCUGGACCGUAAGGCGUACAAUGCCGGAAGGGAUGUCAUCAUGAAGAUCCAGAGCAAGCUUGACAAUGAUGUGGUGGCCCACAAGGCUCAUCUCAAGAAGGCGCUGCUAGAAGUGCGAGAGCUGUUGCUCGGCCUCCGGACGCUGCCGAACGCUCGCAACAAGGCGGCAGCGGACGUCUUGCUACUCCUGGCCCACACCAAGACCUUCGCCGAGCCCACAAACUACGCCACGGUGGUGGGGGAUCCCGUCCACGUCCUGGCGAAGGAGAUCGGCAACAACGUGCCCAAGGCGGUGCUGGCUCGUUACAAGACCGAGAAGCGCUUGGCGAUGCAAAAGAGAAAGAAGCGCGACUCGAGGGCGGCGGCUGCGCUGGCCGCUGCCGCGUCCGCCACCGCCCCCGACGGAGGCGCAGGAGGAGGAGGAGCAGCAUCAGCACGAGUAGGGGCGGUAGACCCUCCGUCAUCUCCCCCGUGCACACCGUCAUCUCCGUCCCGACCAGAUGCUGGUGGUGAUGGUGUUGGGUGUGAAUCUGAUGGUGCCGCCUCUACUCCUGUGAAACCUUCCCCAGCGGGUGCGGCCACAGCCGCCGGUGACGGUGAUGGUAUGACGACGACGCCUUCGGCGAGGAGAGCAGGAGCAGGGCAAGCGUCAUCGCCAGACGACAAUGAAACCUCUUCGGCCGCUAGCGAUCUCGCCACCACAGCCGCCACCGCCGCCGCCUCCCCCGGCAACGGGAAGGGAAAGAACGAGGCGAGGAGCGGCAGCCUCGCCCGCGCAUCGGCCAUGGUUAUGGCCAAGGCAGAGAAGACAGCAGCGGCGGCGGCGGCGGCGGCGGCGACGGAUACUUCGAAGGCCGCGGCAAAUGGGAAACCCCCAGAGGAUGCCGCUGAAAAUGAGAGCGGAUCGUCCGACUGCGAGUCGGAGGCAACCGCUAUCGCGAGCGAGGGGGAAGGGGCACCAGGAGCGGCGGCGGCGGGAACGGCGACGGCAGUGAACGGCGGCAGGAAGAAGCCGGCCGCAAGGGCAACGGCCGCCAAGUCUGCGUCGCCGGCGCCUGCACCCGGUGCGAAGCCUGCUAGCGUCGGCAGCAAGGGGAAGAAGCAGGGCGGGUGGAACAAGAGAGCCAGGGCUCGACCAAGAAGAAGCACGCCGGCGAGGCCGAAACCCCCUCCGAAGCCGCAGGGACCGAAGCCGGGAGAUGGGUGCCUGAAAGGAGACGAGGUGAUCCACGAGUACUGGCCUGUUUCCGGGCCUCACUUCGUGCUGGCGCAGCUCCUGCAGUGGCACAACGAUGGAGAUGGGGGUAACCCCAACGAGCCUUUCGACGACAAGCUCCGAGGUUGUGUCCGCCUUCCGGACGUCCUAGAGGCGUACGAGGGCACCGGAAGCUACACCAACGACCAGCGGAAACUCCUCGUGACCCACCUGGAAGACCCUGAGCAGAGAAAGCACCCAUGGCCCGCUAAGCUCGACGUGGCCUUCGGCAAGGAGGAUCCGGAAGAGCUCGCUGCCACGGAGGCGGCCGCCGCUGCCGCUGCCGCUCUAGGCGAAGAUCGAGGAGACCGGGCGGCGUCAGGAGACGCCGGUGCCGCUAGCGGCGGCGGCGGCGCCGCCGUCGAAUCGGCCGCCUCCCCCAAGGGCGACGCGCCCGGCAGCGGCGGCAGCAGGGGACCGGGGGGGAGGUUCACCGGAAAGGUUAGGCGCGCCGGGUUCGGUGGCAAAGGGGCAGGGGCGGCCGCGGGCAUGGCGGCGCCCGCGGGCGGGCUUGUGCUCCUCGGAAGCCCCAUGGUGGACGCGACUCUGGAGGACACGCAGGGGCUCAAGGAGGUGAUCGAGAUCUUGAAGCGGGAGACAGGGCUCUCGGACGGCGCUAACGGGGACGAGGGGGCGAGCACUUUGAGGAUGGAGGAGGACGGGCCGCAAAACAGCACACCCACCCCGUGGGCUCAGUGCGACAGGUGCCUCAAGUGGAGGAGAAUACCCUGGCACAUCGACCCUGAAACGCUCCCGGAGUUGUGGACUUGCGAGAACAACACCUGGGACCCAGAGACGGCCAGCUGUGACGUGGCAGAGAUUGUCGACGAGGAGGACAUGGAAGCCUCGGUCAUUGCUGGCUCCGCUAUCGUCGAGGAGAAGGCGCUAGUCGUGAGCUCUUGGAUCGAUGUUUUCUGCAACCAGACGCACAAGUGGUACCCCGCUAAGGUAAUCAAGGAAGACAGGGAGGGGGACCGCGUGCUGGUGCAGUUCUUCGGCUGGUCGGAGAGAUACAACCAGUGGGUGUCCAAGAAGAGCAAGGACCGCAUCCGCCGGGUACACACCCAUACCCAGGAGGUCGCGCCCGCACGCAAGUGGCUCAACAAAAUGUAUGGCCGGGGGUCCGGCGGUGGAUCCGGAGCGGAAAGGAGCGAAACGGAGACCAAGCUCCCGAAAAAAGGAGGGAGCGAUGGAGAUAGAGGUGCAUCAGGCAGCGGGUGUGGCUCCAACGGCAAGCGAAAGGCCGCGGUGUUGGCGAAAACCGCCACGCCAAAGUCUGACUUCGUGUACUACGACGGAGCCCCGAAGAGCUCGCUUUCGAGAGAAGAGAGGAUCGUGGCGCGUCGCAAUCGCACCCCGGCCGGACCGCAUCCGCCACCCAACGCUAGGUCGCCCCUCGUCCGCAGAAAGCUUGGCGGGGCUGCCAAGAGGAAUAUGGAGAGAAAAAUGGCAGCCACGGCGGCGGCGGCAGCGGCGGAGGCGGCCGUAGCGGCUAAAGCGGAGAAUGGCGAAGCUGUGGGUGGCGAAGGCGAUGGAAGCGAUACGCCUGGCUGGCUUGGGGGGACGGAGGCGGCGGCUGGUGACGGUGGCCGCGGAGAUAACUUUGGAGCCGAAUCGAAGGAUUUCGAAUCCGCAGCUUCGGCAGCGGCGGACCGCGCGGUUCACAGCAAAGCGGAGGAGCACUUCCGGAGCUGGACCUCCAACGGGGACAGCGAGGGCGCGGUGGCGGCGGCGACGGCGGCGGCGGCGGCGGCGGCGGCCCUGCUGAAGCGGGGCGAGACCCCCUUCAAGCAGGACGAAGCGGAUCACGCUAAGAGCCUGCUGUCCGGGCUGGCGACUGCCUUCCACUCGUCGCCGACGAGGGUGGCGGAGGAGACCUGGAAGCGAUCUCCGGGCGGGUUCGGUGACUCGCCAGCGGAGCAAGACAACGGCGGUGGCAGGAACGGAGCGGAGGCCGGGGGGCGGUCCAUGCUGACCAUCUCGGCCCGGGACACAGACCUCGCCCAAUCCCCGUCGUCGUCGCUGUCGUCUUCGCCGGUCAGGGGAAAGCGGGUCUCGCCCAUGUCUUCCCCACUGUCCUCAAGGAUGAUGACCCCUCACCUGUCCAUGGAUUACCACCGGUCCGAGAGCCCGGGAAUCGGGGACUCCGCUACUGGGACUGAAAAUGGUGGUGACUCCGCUCGGACGGAGAGCGGCGACAGUCAAGCAGCCUUAGAUCAACAGCGCGGUGGUUGGAACGGCGAUCUAUCACACGUCGGCGGAAGCGACCACGCGGACGAAUGCAACAACUCGGGUCGUCUCGAGGGUGGGGAUGGCGAUGCCCCGAAGACGCAGCCUCCUUGCGCUGCGUCCCCUCUCCUGCACAGCACCAUCAACGGAAACAGCAGCGGUGGUUCGUGUGCCGCGUCCGCACCCUCCUCCACCACGGCGGAAGUCAAAGGCACUCGGCAAAAUGGGGAAGACAAGGCCAAGGCCGACAACAACGCCAGGGACGACGCUGUCAAUCCCAUCGCAGGUGUAGGGGAAACCACUAUCAGCACCAACACUAGCCGAAGCAGCAGCAGCAGCACCGGCAGCAGCAACAACAGCCCUGCGGCUUCCAACUCUGCUAACAAGCCAAGCUCCCCGGUCUGCCCCCGCCGCCCGGCACAGGGUGAGGCCGUUGACGGCGACGCUUGGGUGUGCAACGGCCGCCGGGACGCCCGAAUCCCGGUCCGGAUGACCCCCACCCUGGCCUGGAACCCGCCUCCACCCGACGUCGCCUCGGGAGCGUUGCAACGCUCUUGCAAGCGGCGCAAGAUGCUCAGCGACGGCGCUCCUUCGCCGUCCUCGUCCUCCUUGACGCCGGGCUUGAUGGAGGUAGAAGGGCGUGCUGCCACGGCGACGCGUCGGCCUGCCUCCGCCCCUUAAAAGAAAAAAGGCAACACCACACCAGUAGUAGCGCGUUUUGUGUGCCUGUUCGUAUUGAAGUGAGUCGCGUGAAUGUGGUACGGUUUUGUUCUUUGAGGUGCCCUGGGAAUAUACAGAGCAAACCGAGGGGAUGGUUUGGGAAGGGACCUUGGCCGUAUCCCGUUCUUCGCACGCUCUCGUUUUCUUGUGGGUGGGUAUCGGGUGAUCGUGGUGAUGUGAAAAUUAUGUUCAAAGUACACUACAGAGUCAGGGCACGGCUAUGAAAGCUGGAAAUGAAUUCAAUGUUUGUGGUAUGAUGACUGUAGUGAAGAGUGAAUAGUGGUGCCUUGUCUUGUUCGUGUAUAAGGAGGCAUAUUUUUGAUCGAUGCAGAGACGGAGGGUGGGCCGAUCGUAUGCUUGUCCAUGUAGGGUUUGGGAUGAGAGGAGUUGAAAUGCGUCGGAUGGAAGGAGAAAGGAAGGCAUCACAAGUAGUACAAAAGCUUGGAGAGAGGGUUCUCGGAGCGACGUGUUCAUUUUGCGAAACACAGGGAUGCGCGUGCGACAUUCAGAGGGCGUGCUAUCGCGGCGAACACUCUGCUGUAGUCUAGAUGCUGACACUUAGAAACGGAGAAAGUUAUUGUUUUUCGAGUGGGAUAUAUGUUUUGUCAGAAAACACACCCCGCCCGCAUGGGUUUUGGGGAUAGUUCCGCGUCGGUGGUAACACCCUGGAGUACGCCCGAGUGGGGU